CAGAAACAUGCCAUCGUCUGCCAUGGUGGGCAGGACGGCUGUAUAAAGAAAGCCGAGGUUUGACUCGGGUGAUGAGGCUGGUGGAGGGAAAAAAGAUGCGAGGCUCUCGAAACUUUUUUAGAGCGACGUUGAAGAAUGCGGAGAGACAGAGACACUGCGACUCCGAUUGGUGGCCUCCCGCCCGCCCAACAAGGCACAACAUACUGUAAGUGAUUCCAGCUCCAGCCUCUUCUCAACACCACGCUGCAGUUUCCAUCAUGAAUGCUUAUGAGUGCCCGUGAAAAAGUUUGUUUGCGCUCACGGGGCUCAAGAUGAAGCAGCUGUUCCUUGUGUCGAAAAAUCCUCAAGCCGCCUCAAGAACCUUCAGCUUACGAGCACCCUUACCAUGGAGAGAAUCGCCCCGAGAACAAACCGCUUUCGGAGUUUAGGGGGCCUUGUAUGCCACCGACCUGCCCUUGUCUCGCCGCGGGCAAUAUACAGACCCUUUUGGGAGCCACCACGAUGUUCCUCUAACACGAGUAAUCCUUCAACACCCUUCCCGGUCUUUCGCGAUGUUCCUCCGCUGCGCGAGGUGCGGCGGAAACUGCUACGAGAAGGGAAAGAGGUGGGCUUCGUUGCAACCAUGGGAGCAUUACAUGAGGGACAUUUGUCGUUGAUCAGACACGCCCUCGAGGAGAACAACGACGUGUUCGUCUCCAUAUUUGUCAAUCCAACCCAGUUUGCUGCGCAUGAAGACCUGGACGCCUAUCCUCGGACCUGGGAGGAGGACAUGCAGAAGCUGAAGCAAGUACAAGAGGAACACGCCGCUUCGUCGUCAGGGCGCAACAAGGACUCAAUCAUCCGCGGCGUCUUUGCCCCUACCGUCAAGGUCAUGUACCCUACGUUACCACCCACGUCGGACAUUGCGGGCGACGGGUCUUUUGUCACCAUCACGCCAUUGGGGUCGCAACUCGAAGGGGCUUCGCGGCCAAUCUUCUUCCGUGGAGUCGCAACAGUGUGCAUGAAGCUGUUCAACAUUGUCCAACCGGAUCGAGUAUACUUUGGACAGAAGGACAUCCAGCAAUGUCUUGUGAUCAAGCGCAUGGUCAAGGAUUUCCACAUCCCGACUGAAGUGCGCGUCAUUCCUACAAUCAGGGAGCCGGACGGUCUGGCCAUGAGUAGCCGCAACGUCUACCUCGGUGAGAGGCGGAGGAAGGAUGCCGUGGUACUGUCCAGAGCUCUGUUUGCUGCUCGAGAUCUAUAUAACUCGGGUGAGCGGCUGGGGAAGAACAUUAGACAAGCGGCAUACGAUGUGUUCAGCAGAGAAGCAUUGGCGAAGAGACAAGAUGGCAAGCUGGGUGGAAGUGCGCGCAUCGAAAUCGACUACAUUGCACUGAGCGAUCCGGAUGACAUGAAAAUGAUCAAGGAUUCCCAGAAGGUCGACCCGACUCGUGGAGCAAUCCUCAGCGCUGCGAUCUUCGUAUGGCCGGUCGACUCUCCGAAGAACGACGAGGAAACGAACCAGCGCACCGUGAGGCUGAUUGACAAUGUCAUUCUUGAGCCACAGCAGAGUGGUUCAUGAUAUAAACUAACCUGCCUACUGUGACUACCCGAGAAACAGGCAGGUCUCGUAGAAGGGCCUAAUUUUCAAACUGGCCCGAGCGAUGGCAGGAUAUACAUGUUGAGGAUCAAACAGGAUUACAUGAAAACAUGGGAAUCAAUUGCCACAAGCGCAAAAAACGCCCGGCGUGAAGCUGAAGGAUAUCACUGCCAGGCCGGACAUGCACGGAUUGGAUGGACUGUCAGGAAGUCCCAGAUAAUGUCUGUCUCAUGUGUGUCUAUUUCGUGGACUAGUAUAUGUCCCAUAAAGAUAUUUUCCCGUCUUUGCCGCCAGCUGCCAGCCAGUGGGUCAUGCGGGCUUUUUCUUCUCGCUGCCUCUUGAUCAUGUCAAGGGCACUAACAGACGACGUGACUGCAUGCGACGUACCAGGCGAGGCUUCAUGGUCAGAGUUCGACUCUAUCACGCCGGUGGUCUCGUCAGGCAGGAUAUUCGCAAAAGCCGUAGCGUAACAUCCCACCUUGUGCCAUUUCAAGACAGCCAGUUCUUUCAGUGUGCGGGACGAGUACACCCGGACCCGGGCAUCCCAACCAGCCGUGGCAAAAAUCUUACCGUCCGAUCGCACACUCAAGCCUUGCUGGCCGGCAUGUUUGGUGUUUACAAGCUUCUCCGGCUGUAAAUCGCCCUCCUCUUUCCUGUCGCUGAGCGCGAGGGAGAACUUGGCGAUCAUGGCAUCUGCCCCAGAAGUAAAGAAGUAGUCUCUCGACGGCAGCACGCCCAGUGAGAGGACCGGCUGAGAAUGCGGCUUACUGACCGCUCGCAGCUGCCAGUGACUCCGACUCUGAUUCUGGCCAUCAGCCGAUAGUCUCCCAUGAUACGAAUGAACCAUCACCCGUCCAUCUUCGUACCCGGACACCAAAACUAGUGUUUCUGAAUUUUGCCUGGCAUGGAACAACGACACUGCCAUCACCAUACCGGUGGUGCAGUCCGUUUGUGAGUAGAUUUGAGAUAUUCGCUUUUCGGAAGGGAGUUGGAAAAUGUCGAUUCCGCCUGAAUCCAGCCCGUUGGGCGACGCAAUUAAUUGCGGUGUUGGUGCGCUGCUGUUCUGCCGCUGCCUCUGCUGAUGGGGAUCUUCUUCUUCGUCACACAUGGAAAAGGCGCAGAAGUUCAGCGCGUUGACCGACAGCGAGUGUAAUAGCCAUGGUUGUGCUUGGGUACUGGUAUCGGCGGAUGCUUGCUCGGCGGGUAGUCUCUGACUGAGUCUAUUGAGGUCUUCUGAGCGGACCUGCCAGACUCGUAGCUUGUGGUCUCUUCCGUGGCUGUAAGGAGGUUCCUCAGUGAACAAAUUAGAACCGUUAAAGACACUUUCCACUGUAAUGCAACGGCGUCC